UGGUCAAUGUUAAUAAUGAGAUGGCCAUCAUAUGGUAUCUGUUAUAUACAUAGCAUUCAGUACUUAGCAGAGUCUGGGUGCAGAGUAUUCUAUGUGCAGAGAAAUUUGAGUUCAUAGCAAAUUAGGAAAAGAGCCAAUCAUUCACUCAAAUGAAGUCUUUGGAAGACCAUUCAGAAAAAAUGGAGUCUUCAGAAGAUGAAUAUGAAUUUAACAUGGAGCCUUUAAUAGACAUCUUAGUAAGUGUGAAGCAUCCAGAUGACUAUCCCCCAAUGCAGGACUUCAGAGCUAACCAAGUGCACAAAAAGUCCCCCAGAGACAAGCCAAAUGACAAAGAUUUCCCAGGAGCUGUCUCAGAAUGGGCCGAGAGUCCUGGAGGCACACUGAAAGACAUCUGUGAGGCCUCCCUCUGUGAGACCAUCACAAAAGAGAACAUAAGCGAAAGGUUCAUCUUGGGCCACAGAUACAACAUGCAAACAUUGCUGAGGUCAUGUACUGAGUUUAUAUCCUUAAACUUUAUGCUCAUAGACAAGAGGGAUUUGUAUAAAAUAAUAAUUAAUCAAGGCCAAGUGAUGGCUUUGGUUGAAAACCUUGUUUGGCUGAUUGAGGAUUUGCAUCACAGCAACAAAAACAAUGGACAAUCAAGAGAAAAGAAAGAGAGUAGCACGGAUGGGUCUAAUGAUGAUGAUAAUGAUGAUAAUGAUACAGAUGCCAAUUAUGAAGAAGAUAAUAGUACUAUUAACAGUGACACUGAAGAAAACUGGGAAGCUGAAACUUACGACAUUAUUCCAUGACUAUCUUAAUUGUGGGCAAAAUAAAACCCAAAUGCCAAUUUUGCCACAGAGGACACAAACUUUGUACAUAUAGUUAAAAUUAUUAACAACUCUUCUUUAUGGCUUCAGGUUUUGAAGUUGUCAAUGAGUAAUAUAUGUGUAAAUAGUUUUAAUAUUUAUCAAAAUAAUUUAAAAUCCUUUUUACCUCCUAAUAUGUUUUUUUUUUACUGUCAUGUAGCAUUGUACAUACAUGUAGCUGGGCUGUAACCAAUGUAACAAGUACUCAUUCAGGCCAUAUAAAGAUACAUGUAUUAGCUUGGCAUUAGUACCAUAUGUUUGGCAUUUCCUACAAUUAGACUUAUUCUCACAGUAUUGAAUAUGUUUUAAAAUCUACCAUCCUAUACUAUGAAUUUUUAAAGAUAAAUCUAUUUGUUUCAAAUGUAGAGUGAGUUAUUGAAGUUAUGACCUAUCAAGAUAGGAACAAUAUUGUGCAGAAGUUGAAUUGUGCAUCAAGCUGAAUUUGACUCUACAAUUAUGUUGGUAGUACAAGACCAAGAUUAUUAACUUUAAAAUAUUUGUACAGCACUGAUUUUCAUGUAUUUACUUAAAAAACCUACACAUACCUCUAUACUACUAUUAACAAGGUGUUCUACUGCAUAUUUGUAUUGCACUUGUUAACCAACUUACAUAUAAUAUGUAAGACCUCUCACAAGGUAACAGUUCAUAACUCUAGAUCACUAUGUAUAAGUACUAGUAGUAUUCCUUUUUAUUUUGAAGUGGGUAUUUAAUAAGGGUUUUUAACACCCGCUUUUUAUUAUUUUCAUUUGCAGGGCCAAUUUAUUUAUAUAUAUAUUUAACAGUCAGUCAAUUUCCAUAUGUUAUUAUUUGGUGACCAGAUUUUCAAGAAGUGGGUAGUUAUCAUUUGUACAAAUAAGUAGAUACCUACUGUACCAGGGGAUUAUUUAUAACAAAGUAUUUAUGAAUGGUUUCUCUUUGAUCUAUGUUUUAAAUAAAUCAUAUGAACAAGA